AUUUCGGCACGGACCGCGCAUUAUUCGCUGCCGUCAACAAGGCGGAAAGUGGUCAACUUUUGUUUUUAGAUUCUCUCUCCAGUGUGACCGGUGGCGGCGUUGGCUCCAGUUCGUUAUGUCGGACACAUGGAGCAGCAUUCAGGCCCACAAGAAGCAGCUGGACUCCCUGCGGGAGAGGCUGCAGCGGCGGAGGAAAGACCCAGCGACACUGUCCUCCGAUGGUGGAAGCAGCACAGAAGGUUCCACAGCCAGGAGUGACAGCCCGGCUCCGACAGCUCCUCUCCCCACUCAGGAGGAGACAGAAAAACCACCAGACCCCGAACUAGAGAAAAAGCUGCUGGGAUAUCUCUCUGAUCUGAGUCUCUCAAUGCCAACGGACUCCCUUGCCAUUACAAAUGAACUCAGCGUUGAAUCAGCUGUCAGUCAUGGAAGCAUCCAGAGUCUGCUGCUUAAAUUCUCUGCUCAGGAGCUCAUUGAGGUCCGGCAGCCCACCUCAGCCUCUUCCUCUACUACUUCCUCUCCCUCAAUCGUGGUAGCAGUGGACCACACAAAACUAUGGGCCAUGAUCGGGACUGGGGCCGGAGCCCAGCGGAGUGGAGUCAAAAGGAAAGCAGAAGAUCAAACCCACCAUAAAAGAGCUUCGGGCCUCUCGCCCUCACUUCAGAGCAUUGCUCCGCCGCCGCCUAUUAUCUUCACCUCUCUGACGCCGGCUUCCUCCCUGCAGCUGGCGGGGCCUUCUGCAUCAGGGAGCGGGGCUGAGAAAAAGGGCAGGAGCAAUAAAGGCCAGUCGUCCCAUAUGGACAUGGAGAUAGAGAGUCUCCUGAACCAACAGUCCACUAAGGAGCAGCAGAGCAAGAAGAUGAGCAGAGAGAUCCUGGAGCUGCUUAAUGCCAGCACAGCUAAGGAGCAGUCCAUCGUGUUAAAGUUCCGAUCUCGCGGCCGAGCUCAGGUCCAGGAGUUCUGCGACCACGGGACCAAAGAGGAGUGUGUGCGCUCCGGUGACACACCACAGCCGUGCACCAAGCUACACUUCCGUCGCAUCAUCAACAAGCACACGGACGAGAGCCUCGGCGACUGCUCCUUCCUCAACACGUGUUUCCACAUGGACACCUGCAAAUACGUCCACUAUGAGAUCGACAGCCCUCCGGAGGCCGAGGGGAGCCUGCUGGGGCCCCAGGCCGGGAGCACGGAGCUCGGCCUCUGUGCAGGGGAAGCCGACAGCAACGUGGGCAAACUGUUCCCCUCACAGUGGAUCUGCUGCGACAUCCGGUUCCUGGACGUGUCCAUCCUCGGCAAGUUUGCUGUGGUGAUGGCCGACCCUCCGUGGGACAUCCACAUGGAGCUGCCUUAUGGAACACUGACUGACGAUGAGAUGAGAAAACUCAACAUCCCCAUCCUGCAAGACGACGGCUUCCUCUUCCUCUGGGUCACCGGCAGGGCCAUGGAGCUGGGAAGAGAGUGUCUCAGUCUGUGGGGCUAUGAUCGAGCUGAUGAAAUAAUCUGGGUGAAAACCAACCAGCUGCAGAGAAUCAUCCGCACAGGAAGGACCGGCCAUUGGCUGAACCACGGGAAGGAGCACUGUCUGGUGGGUGUAAAGGGAAACCCUCAGGGAUUCAACCGAGGUUUGGACUGCGACGUCAUCGUGGCCGAGGUCCGCUCCACCAGUCACAAACCAGAUGAGAUCUACGGCAUGAUCGAGAGACUCUCGCCCGGCACCAGGAAGAUCGAGCUUUUCGGUCGACCGCACAACGUCCAGCCCAACUGGGUAACUCUUGGAAACCAGCUUGAUGGCAUUCAUCUCUUGGAUCCUGACGUCGUGUCUCGAUUCAAGAGCCGUUAUCCGGACGGCGUCAUCUCCAAACCCUAAAAAACAUGCAGUGAUGACGUAACCGUCUGUCACAGGUUUGGAAGAAGUUUGUCUAUAGACUGUUUUUUUUUGUUUUUUUAUACCAGUGAACUCAUUUCUUAAAAAAAAUGUUGUAAACAAGAUGCAUUGUCUGUGUCUUGGUUAUAAAAAAAAAAAGAAUAAAUACACGAAAAAUUAUUGUUAA